AUGUUCUCAUGGAGCCUGAUUUUUCUGGGCUCAACGUUGCUUUGGUGCAUCCACGCAGCGAUUCAUUCUUUGCACAUCUCAGAUGGGUCUCGAGACCAGGUCAUCUCACGCUUGGCAGAUGCACAAGCACGAUGUCCACGCUACAGAGUCCUCGACGUGGGCGCUGCAAUGAAUCCUUGGACACUGGGAGUGGUAACUGCUGUAGCAGAUCGAACCCCAAAUGUUGUGGACGAUUGCUUUGAGCAAGCUUGGUUUUCAGCCAAUGUCGCACGCUUUUGCUGCCGUUCGGGACCACGGACCACUUUGAAGGCUGAUGAGCAAAACAUAAGCUGUUUCACUCCUGACUAUGGAUAUGAACGGUGUUGUCGCAAUGGUGAACCGCAAAAACUCCUUCGCUUUGACUUGGAUGUGAACAAAGAGUCUGCAUGGGAGCCAUUGCUCCAGCACGUGAACAGUGCGGGGAAGUUCGAGUUUGCCGUUGCGUCUCACAUCAUUGAAGAUGUGAUGAAUCCCGAGAUCUUGCUUCAGAUGCUUCCACGAGUGGCCAAACGAGGCUUCGUGUCGAUGCCAUCGAAAUUUACCGAGUUGAAGAGAGGAGUGGAAGGCUACGGGCCUCACCGUGGGCAUAUUCAUCAUCGCUGGAUUGGCACCAUCCAGUCGGGUCGUUUGCUGUUGCUUCCAAAGUUAUCAUUUUUGGAAACGGUGGAAGGAUCGGUCGAACUGGUUGGAAAUGCCCUGACAGCCGACUCCAUCGACAUGAGCUUUGAGUGGGAAGAUGAUCUUCCCUUCUCCAUCCUCAACGAGGGCUUUGUCGGCCCGACACCAAUUCAUGUGAUCCAGAUGUACUUGGAGGUGUUUCGCACGUCGGAUGAUGUUGAUGAGGCUUAUAUUGCUCGGCAGCCUAUGCUCGACCUGUCUCCCUUACCUUGUGAAGCCAGGCCUAAGCCGAAGCAGAAGGACGCGCCUCCGCAGGAAGAGUCCGGCGUUUUGACCAGCGUGCAGUUCUGCUCCCUCAGCAGCUUUGAAGGACUUUCCAAGCAAUUGGCCGCACAGUUGGGCGCCACCGGGGAGCCCUGCUUUCAUCGCGAACUGCAGGAAGUACGGCAGCGAUGCCUGAUUGCGAUGAAGGCGGUUGAAGCAGCUAUGAUGAUCUAUCACACCUGCGCAGCUGAGCCGGUUGAGGGCUCUUCGCGCAUGGAAAGCUGCAAGGAGGCAGCGAACCUCAAACAACAAAACUCCUCUGCAAUACUGGCAGCAUGCAUGCAGGAAGAGGGUCCAGAAGCUGACGCUGUGAUGCAAAGCGUCUUUGCAGCGGCAGGGGCACAAGCUCGAAGCCUCCAGCCAGAGGCAUUGAAGCACAGGGCCAAGAACUUGCGAUGUGCCCGCGCUGCAUCAUUGGUCAGGCCUGAGGAGAACCAUAUUCCCAUGGACGUGCCGUUGGAGUGUCUUUCUCAUCCAUUCAAGGUGAGCUUCUACAAUGAUUUGGCCCGGCACUUUGCGGAGUUGCCUUGGAUCAGUCUGAGGCAUCCUUUCUUGCCAUACUACGACAAGUCGAUCUUUGUGGAAUUUGCACAAUCUGUUCCAACCUGGGUAGCAUGGCUGUUUGAGCUGUGGUACUUCUACGACCACAUUUUCUUGCCAAUGUUUCGUGAACAACACGCUUGGGGUGCCCAACUGGCUCCGCUCUUUCGCUUGCCACCCUGGGCAGUGCCUCGUGGCAUCGACCGGCGGCAGUUGGUCCUGGAGCACUUGGUGGAAAUGCUUGCAGAGAGCAGGACUGCCACCAAGUCCAAGCGGGUCGCAAUGGCAGAGGUGGGUGUCUUUAUGGGCGACACCUCCGCUGCGCUCCUCACCAAACGUUUGCCCUUGGAAACGGUGCAUUUGGUGGACCCCUGGGACAGCAACGAUGUCUUCAAGGCCACGGUCAUCGAAAAGCGGGGCGAGUUGACGAGCGCGGAGGCGACCUUGAAGGAUUUCCGAGCGGUGACUUCAACUAGGGAGACCCUGAGGCUGUCACGCCCUACAAAGAAAACCAACCGAAGCCAGCCAGGGUGA